UGAAAAUGAAAAGAAAUUCCUGGAAUAAUGUAUGAAUAGGCAUACAUAGACUUAUAAUAAUGGCAUUUUCAUUUCGUAUUGGUACCAAAUGGUGUCAUGAUUUUCCAAAAUUGGCAAAAGAAUCUGGAUUUUAUUUCAAUAUGCAUAGAUCCAGAGUACGUGUAGAUUGGAAUCGUAUAAGUAAUAUAGACAUAGAUCGAAUUAUAAGAGAAAGAGAUUUCCAUUCUAUUGAUGAUAAUAUAAUUAAUGUAAUAGAUUAUUGUUUAGAAAGUGAAUAUGAUGUUAAAAUUUUGGAUCCUAAUUUUGUAAAACUCUUCUGCCUUGCACAGUUAGCAGUUGAAUAUUUAUUAUAUUGUAAACAAUAUUUAGAUCACAGUGUAAUGAUACUAAAAGAAGAGCUAAAAUCAAAAAUUGAAGAAAAUGUUAAAUUGAAGAAAGAAAUAACUACUUUAGAAGAAGUUAUAAAACAUAUGAAAGAGAAAGCAAAAGAGAGAAGUAGAUUAAUAGAAACUAAAAUUGGAGACUCUAAUGGUGAAAUUUACAAAUGCCCACAUUGCCCAAAAUCUUUUAUAACUCCCAUGUUUGUAAGUGCACACAUUAUACGUCGUCAUGCGUACGUAUCAGAUUUAUACAUGCCUGCUUCUCCUGUACAUGAACACUAUCGCAGUGAAACUGAAAAAUUACAUAAUGAAAUAAAAAAUUUAAAAGAAAGACUGAAUGAAACAGAGAAAGUAAUUAAAAAUGAGUCUGAAAGAUUUCCUGAGAAAAAAUUAUUAA